UCCAGCUGAGAGCCGCCGCCAUGGAGCCCACACACACAAGACACAUGGCAGCUUGAUUUCUUAUUACCACCACUAUAUAUAGUUAGCUCGAUUAGCUCAGCUGGACGAACAAUUUAAUUCACCACCGACACACAAACUAAAGGGUUUGGAGAGCAAAAGAUAAGUGGUCUGAUACUUAGCAAUUGAUCAGCUGGCACUCGAUCAAGCUCGGCGGCAUCUUGAUCUCAUCUUGAUUAGUUCCUUGAAGGUUUGCCACCAGGCUACAAGCCCGUUCGCUCUUGAUCUCACCUUCUGUCUGGAUCCAUUGAGCCAAAGCUGCGGCGAUUCUUGGGGCUCGGACCAUGGAGGCGUGCAACCUUGCGUACGCCAUGGAAGCUCAGCAGCACGAGCAGAGCCAAGCUGGGGAGUCGAGUUCCGACCCAAGGACGGUGCUGACGUACCUGACCUUCCUGGAGCAGAAGAUCGGGCACCUCCGCGGCAUCAUCUGCUCGGCGCCGGGGCAGAUCGUGUCGGCCGAGCUCAGCUGCAUCGCCGUGCAGCUCAUCUCCAUAUCCAAGAGCCUCGCCGCGAGCAGCGGGGCCACGGCAGAGGAGGACGCCAAGUCACCGCGGCCGUGCGUGGCGAUUCCGAACGAAGGGGACAGUGACGCGUCUGACCACGACCACCAAGCCGAGGACGACGGGCGCUUGCCCCCGGGCUCCUACGAGGUGAUCGAGCUCGCCAAGGAGGAGAUCCUCGCGCCGCACGUGCACUCCUGCAAGGUGUGCGGCAAGGGAUUCAAGCGCGACGCCAACCUGCGCAUGCACAUGCGCGGCCACGUCGACGAGUACAAGACGGCGGCCGCGCUCGCCAAGCCCGGCCGUGACGCGCCACCGGCGCCGGCACCAGACUCGAGGACGGAUCGGUGCUUCUACUCGUGCCCCUACGUGGGGUGCAAGCGGAACAGGGAGCACAGGAACUUCCGGCCGCUCAAGACGGCCAUCUGCGUCAAGAACCACUACCGGAGGAGCCACUGCGACAAGAGCUACACCUGCCGGCGGUGCAACGUCAAGCGGUUCUCCGUGCUCGCCGACCUGCGCACGCACGAGAAGCACUGCGGCCGCGACCGCUGGGUCUGCUCCUGUGGCACGUCCUUCUCCAGGAAGGACAAGCUCUUCGGCCACGUCGCCGCCUUCGAUGGCCACGCGCCGGCGUUGCCGCCCGAGGAGGAGGACGCGGCCGAUCGCCUUGGCGCCACCAAUGGCAGUGGUUCUGAUCAGAUGCCAAUGGGCAGUGAUGCAGUAAGCAGAAUGGCGACCAUGGAGUGCUUCUCCGACAGCAUGUUUGAUGAUUUCAGCUGUUCUGGCAUCGAAGGCUUUCCUCUCACCGAUGGACGAUGUAUAGACGACGGCCGAGGGUUCCUCUCACCGGUGCGCCUUGAUUCCUGCGACUUUGACGGAUUUGAUCUCUUCGAGGCACCAGGAAUUGAUUUCUGAUUUCUGAACUCUUUACCCGAUGCGAUUUAUUCCUUAGGGAAGAAAAAACUGAUGAAUGAUUUUAGAAUUUAUCCUUACUGAACUGGCACUAGCAUGUACAACAAUUAGGAAAGUGUACACUAAAAUAAAAGUUCCGAUUUCCUAAAUGCAAGAUCGCAUCUUGGUUUUGACAUAAA